CUUUUUUGUCGUUCUGGGUUUCUGCGGUAGUGUCAUCAUGUCGAUUAAUACAAUUAUGAUUGUUACAGUGUGCAUCUGUGCGACUGCUAUAGGUGCCCCUCAAAGACAAUACAGGCCUCAGUCACAACAGCCCUACAACGGACCCAAACCCGUACCGAUCGUAUCUGAAAGUAGUGAAAUUAACCCCGACGGAUCAUUUAGCUACAACUACGUUUCUGGGGACGGAACCCAAGCCCAAGCCCAAGGAUACUUGAAAAACGCGGGCCAGAAAGAUGCUGAAGCCGAAGUGAUUCAAGGAUCAUACUCGUACACAGCUCCAGACGGUACUCCAAUCACAGUAACAUACAUUGCGGACGAAAACGGCUUCAGAGUUGAAGGCGCACAUCUUCCCACUCCACCACCUAUCCCGGAAGAAAUUCAAAAAUCCUUAGCUUUAAUAAGCCAAACGCAAUCAACAGGUCAACGCCAAUACGAACCAGAUACAUUCCGCCAGCAGUAUCAGCAAAGGCCGUACCGUUUCUAGGUUCAUAUUGUCCAGAUUAAAACGAACUGAUUCGUAUAAUCUUUAGUCAUGUUCAAUUUUUCUUUCCAAUAAUGUACAUA